AUGGAGAACGCUUUCGUGGACGAAUAUCCGCCAGCAGCCAACAGUGGAAUAGGUUCAGUAUUUGGAUGCCGCUAUAAGAAGCAAACUGUUGAACCUGAUAAUGAAACGCAAGGGUACCCAAUUAAUAUUGAUUUUUCUGACGCCGUCAACGAGCAAAAACUUUUCGGCUUAGUAUGCGGUUUCAAUGGAGGAUCGAAAACUGCAGAAUUUGUUAGAGAUCGUCUUAUUUACGAGAUUUUGUUCGAUAAUCCAAUAGCGGUUAAUAUGACGCCAAAUAUGAUUAAAGAAGAACUUGCCCAAAAAUUUCGAAUAGUGUCGAAUCGGUAUAAUGAUUCAUUGAACGAGGAUUUGUACACAAGAUGGAAUGAAAAACAGAGUGAAAACGCUGAUAGCAAAGAUAAAAUCUCUGAAAUCGAUAAGAAAAUUCGCGCCGGCACAACAGUUUUGCUUAUACUUCAAUUAAAUCAGAAUGUUUUUGUCUUGAAUUGUGGAACAGGCUUAGCAAUAGCAAUUACAAGCGAAAACAAUGCUAUUCAACUUAACACAAUAGUUCAUGAGAAUGAUGAUGAAGAGGAAGUUCUGCGCUUCCAAUCUAUUAAUGUCGAUCCAACCAGAGUUCUUAAUCCUACGAGAGCUAUUGGCGAUUUGCAUAGAGCACAUUUAUAUGAGGAAAACGAAGAUUUCAAAAACGCUGUUUCUGCUCCAGUAAUUUCUUCACCAGAUGUUUACUAUUAUACGGUGGACAGGGAAUGGAAAUAUUUGGUUUUGAUAUCGGAUGGAGUCGUGCAAAACCUUAAAGAUGCUGGGGUCGAUGACAUACUAUCAGAAGUUGCGGGAUUGUCAGAGGAAAACUCACCGCGAAGUACUGCCCAAAGUUUACUCGACAAGUUUUCAAGGAAACAUUGCGACGCAUUCUCAAGGGUUCAAGAAGAACGUGGAAGCGGAAUAAGCAAUAGAAGAGAGGAAAUGACUGCUGUUUUUGUUAAAUUUCCUCAAUCGCCUCAACAUUAUAAUCAAACUGCUGAUUCUGCAAUUUCCACAAUGAGCAGCACUGGUAAUCGAGAUCAACAAAUGGCUCAAUUUCCAUCGAUUCCACUCUACUGUCUUCUCGGCUUCGUCUUCGCCAUGUCUAGUCUGUCAACGUUCCUUUGCAUCUUCUUCAAUCACGAUAUAAAUAUCGCCUCAGAAGUCAAUCAAUGGACAUUCUACUUAUCGAUGUUCCUGUCGAACAAUUUCUUCGCAGUAAUUGCGGCGUUCAUCUACUGGACUAUUCACGAACGCCGUGAGCUCAGAGAAAACCGUGAAGAGAAACACGAACGCUCCAUGGUGGAUGGCUUAGUUAACAGAGAAACUACGGCUAAGUCCAAUGGCUCAUACGGCAUGCUCGUUUCUUACUACGACAACGUGAACAUUGACGUCAGCGAGGACGAAGAUCCGGCAAACAUCUAA